GAUGGCUCGUACAAAGCAGACUGCAAGAAAAUCUACCGGAGGAAAGGCUCCACGUAAACAACUGGCUACCAAGGCCGCCCGUAAGAGCGCCCCAGCCACUGGUGGAGUCAAGAAACCCCACAGAUACAGGCCCGGAACCGUCGCUCUCCGUGAGAUCAGGAGAUACCAGAAAAGCACAGAGUUGCUCAUCAGGAAAUUGCCCUUCCAGCGUCUGGUCCGUGAGAUUGCUCAGGACUUCAAGACUGAUCUGCGAUUCCAGAGCUCCGCCGUCAUGGCUCUCCAGGAAGCCAGCGAAGCUUACCUUGUUGGACUCUUUGAGGACACCAACUUGUGCGCUAUCCACGCCAAGAGAGUCACCAUCAUGCCAAAAGACAUCCAGCUUGCCAGACGUAUCCGUGGCGAGAGAGCUUAAAUUUCUUUGUCUCUGACAAAUACAAAACGGCCGUUUUCACGGCCACCUAAACUUUUAGAAAAGAUGCCUAUAUUACAAUCAAUGAAGACUACAAUUCAACGAAAUUGCACAAGUAAAAAGUGCACAUUUUGAAAACAUGAGAUUAAACCCUACACACAUAAUAUGUACUUCUAAACUCUGCCCUUCUUAUCAUAUUUCACUGUGAACUACAAACAUGACAAUGGUCAAUGGGUAGAAUGAUUUGAUCUGACACAAUAUAAAAGGCCCUUCUGAAGAGAAUAUAUUAUACUAUACCAUACAGCUAUACAUAUGAUUGCAUUGUGAUUGAUUUUUUUCUCUGUAAGUUGUGCAUUUAGUCAUAACAUUACAAGAAAAAUAUUGCCGGAAAAUGUAGGGCUGUACUUGCAUCAGUACUUAAAAUUUACCGACAGAAAUGUGUAUGGCACAUAAUAUUUUAUAAUUAUUGCAACCAUAUUUGAUUCUUAUACUUCAGUCUCAGACAUUCGUGCUAUGAUGCUCGCACAUAUAACUGUGUGUUAUGUUAAAGAAAAUAUAAAGAUAGUGCAAUGAAUUAGUUUAAAAGUAGGAAAAUUCACUACUAAAAGAGCGAUUCUGCAUGAAAUUGAAAUUUGUGUAAUAUUUGUCCCCUGUAGUUCUUUUUUCAUAUUUCAGUGGUAAAGUAUGUCAUGAGCAUGUGUUCAUGUUCUUGUCGGAUUUUGUUUUCUUUUAUUCAGUUUCCUUGUAAAGAAUGGAAAGUGUAUUUUUUAUCUCAAUGAAAUGAACACUUGACUGAAUCACUGGUGCAUAAUUCAUCAAAAAGGGAAGAAAUACACAUUGAAAUUACACUAUAACUGAAAUUGCUAAAGUAAAUAUCAUCAUAUUGCAUUAUGUUUUCAUUUUGAUAUGUACUCACCGGUAAGAAAAAUGAUUUUUUUUUCUUUGCAUGUAUUUAUUACUAGAUUUAAUACAGAAUGUGUGUUUACACUUUAAAAAUGAUAUUAAACAAAAGCAAAAUGAUAAUAAUUAUUGUGUUCCUAUGUUUUGGUAAGAUGUAGAAAAUCUGGAACAAAUGAUUUAUUCAAUACCACCAUCCCUCUUUUUAAAAAAAAAGAAACCCCAAAAAGUUUUAUUAAAUAUAUCUUAUAUAACAGAAAAGUGCC